CUGGUUACCGUCCGUCGCCACGAGAAGCAAAGUUGACAUUUCUGGAUCACUCUCCCCAGAGGCGUCGCUUGCCAACUUCUGGGACAUGCAGUCUCACCGAGGGGACUGACAGGCAGGGACAGACAAGAGGCAGCUAAAUCCGCGCUGCUGAAGGCAGGCUGAAGUUACAGAACUUGGGCUAUUUUUCUGCUCCCCCAUUCCCCCGCCUCCCUACGAACCACAUCUUGACUCAUACAGUCGAAAGAAAAAACUCUUUUGGUUAUUUGAUAUUUGGGAAACCUCCAGGAGACCAUAACUUAGUUUUGAGGAAGCCUUGUCUCUCACUUUGCUGGGAGCACACACACUCACACACACACACACACACACACACACACACACACACACACUUGCUCACGCGGCUCCAACACCAUGGUGGUUCAGGCUGCAGUGGCUCCGAAUAGAUCUCAAAGACUUUUACUGAAAAUUCCGUAUGGAUCUCUGAGAAGACGCAGCGUGGAGAGGAUGACGGAGGGCCGUCGAUGUCAAGUACAUCUUCUGGAUGACAGGAAGCUGGAACUCUUAGUACAGCCCAAGCUUUUGGCCAAGGAGCUCCUGGACCUCGUGGCAUCGCACUUCAACCUGAAGGAAAAGGAAUACUUCGGAAUAGCCUUCACAGAUGAGACGGGACACUUAAACUGGCUUCAACUAGAUCGAAGAGUAUUGGAACACGACUUCCCCAAAAAGUCGGGACCAGUGGUUUUGUACUUCUGUGUCAGGUUCUACAUAGAAAGCAUCUCGUACCUAAAGGAUAAUGCCACCAUUGAGCUCUUCUUCCUGAAUGCUAAGUCCUGUAUCUACAAGGAGCUGAUCGAUGUUGACAGUGAAGUGGUGUUUGAAUUAGCCUCCUAUAUUUUACAGGAGGCAAAGGGAGAUUUUUCUAGCAAUGAGGUGGUGAGGAGUGACUUAAAGAAGCUGCCGGCGCUCCCCACUCAAGCCCUGAAGGAGCACCCCUCCCUGGCCUACUGUGAGGACCGAGUCAUUGAGCACUACAAGAAACUGAACGGCCAGACCAGAGGUCAAGCAAUUGUAAACUACAUGAGCAUCGUGGAGUCUCUCCCAACCUACGGGGUUCACUACUAUGCAGUGAAAGACAAGCAGGGGAUACCGUGGUGGCUGGGACUGAGCUACAAAGGAAUCUUCCAGUAUGACUACCACGAUAAAGUGAAGCCGAGGAAGAUCUUCCAAUGGAGGCAGUUGGAAAACCUGUAUUUCAGAGAAAAGAAGUUUUCCGUGGAAGUUCAUGACCCCCGCAGGGCUUCAGUGACCAGGAGGACGUUUGGACACAGUGGCAUCGCGGUACAUACAUGGUACGCAUGUCCAGCAUUGAUCAAGUCCAUCUGGGCUAUGGCCAUUAGCCAGCACCAGUUCUAUCUGGACAGAAAGCAGAGUAAGUCUAAGAUCCAUGCCGCGCGCAGCCUGAGCGAGAUCGCCAUCGACCUGACCGAGACCGGCACGCUGAAGACCUCCAAGCUGGCCAACAUGGGGAGCAAAGGGAAGAUCAUCAGCGGCAGCAGCGGGAGCCUCCUGUCAUCAGGUUCUCAGGAAUCCGAUAGCUCUCAGUCGGCCAAGAAAGACAUGCUGGCCGCCUUGAAGUCCAGGCAGGAAGCUCUGGAAGAAACUCUGCGCCAGCGGCUGGAGGAACUGAAAAAGCUGUGCCUUCGAGAAGCUGAGUUGACAGGCAAACUGCCCAUUGAGUAUCCCUUGGACCCGGGGGAGGAACCACCCAUCGUUCGCAGAAGAAUCGGGACGGCCUUCAAACUGGAUGAACAGAAAAUCCUGCCCAAAGGAGAGGAGGCCGAGCUGGAACGCCUGGAACGGGAAUUUGCCAUUCAAUCCCAGAUUACAGAGGCCGCCCGCCGCCUCGCCAGUGACCCCAACGUCAGCAAAAAACUGAAGAAACAAAGGAAAACCUCUUAUCUGAACGCACUGAGGAAGCUGCAGGAGAUCGAGAAUGCCAUCAACGAGAACCGCAUCAAGUCUGGGAAGAAACCCACGCAGAGGGCUUCGCUGAUCAUCGCCGAUGGAAAUAUUGCCAGUGAAGACAGCUCCCUCUCAGAUGCGCUUGUGCUAGAGGAUGAAGACUCUCAGGUCACCAGCACACUGUCCCCCUUACAGUCUCCUCACAAGGGACUCCCUCCUCGACCACCGUCACACAACAGGCCCCCUCCUCCCCAGUCCCUGGAGGGACUCCGGCAGAUGCACUAUCACGGCAGCGACUACGACAAAUCCCCCAUAAAGCCCAAAAUGUGGAGUGAGUCCUCUUUAGAUGAGCCUUACGAGAAGGUCAAGAAACGUUCCUCCCACGGCCAUUCCAGCAGUCACAAGCGAUUCCCCAGCACGGGCAGCUGUGCAGAAGCAGGCGGGGGCAGUAGCUCCCUCCAGAACAGCCCCAUCCGCAGCCUCCCUCACUGGAACUCCCAGUCCAGCAUGCCGUCCACACCAGACCUGCGGGUCCGGAGUCCCCACUAUGUCCAUUCCACGAGGUCGGUGGACCUCAGCCCCACGCGGCUGCACAGCCUCGCCCUGCACUUUAGGCACCGGAGCUCCAGCUUGGAGUCCCAGGGCAAGCUCCUGGGCUCGGAGAACGACACGGGGAGCCCCGACUUCUACACCCCGCGGACUCGUAGCAGCAACGGCUCCGACCCCAUGGACGACUGCUCCUCCUGCACCAGCCACUCGAGCUCGGAGCACUACUACCCGGCGCAGAUGAACGCCAACUACUCCACGCUGGCCGAGGACUCGCCGUCGAAGGCGCGCGCGCGGCAGCGGCAGCGGGCGGCGGGCGCGCUGGGCGCCGCGAACUCGGGCAGCAUGCCCAACCUGGCGGCGCGCGGCGGCGGCGCGCACGGCGUCUACCUGCACAGCCAGAGCCAGCCCAGCUCGCAGUACCGCAUCAAGGAGUACCCGCUGUACAUCGAGGGCGGCGCCACGCCCGUGGUGGUGCGCAGCCUGGAGAGCGACCAGGAGGGCCACUACAGCGUCAAGGCGCAGUUCAAGACGUCCAACUCGUACACGGCGGGCGGCCUGUUCCGGGAGAGCUGGCGCGGCGGCGACGAGGGCGACGCGGGCCGCCUGACGCCGUCGCGCUCGCAGAUCCUCCGGACUCCGUCGCUGGGCCGCGAGGGCGCCCACGACAAGGGCGCCGGCCGCGCCGCCGUCUCGGACGAGCUGCGCCUGUGGUACCAGCGCUCCACGGCCUCGCACAAGGAGCACAGCCGCCUGUCGCACACCAGCUCCACCUCCUCGGACAGCGGCUCCCAGUACAGCACCUCCUCCCAGAGCACCUUCGUGGCGCACAGCAGGGUCACCAGGAUGCCCCAGAUGUGCAAGGCCACGUCAGCUGCCUUACCUCAAAGCCAGAGAAGCUCAACGCCGUCGAGUGAAAUUGGAGUGACGCCCCCAAGCAGUCCCCACCACAUCCUAACCUGGCAGACUGGAGAAGCAACAGAAAACUCACCCAUUAUGGAUGGGUCUGAGUCUCCAACUCACCAAAGCACUGAUGACUAGAGGAGCUACGCUGAUAGCUGUUUCCUGGAUUCCUCCCUCUAUCCAGAACUAGCCGACGUCCAGUGGUACGGGCAGGAAAAAGCCAAGCCCGGGACCCUCGUGUGAGCCAGCCGGCCUCAAUCUGACCGCCUCAACGCCA